AUGUGUGAUGUCGUCUUAGGCUCCCAAUGGGGAGACGAAGGUAAGGGUAAAUUAGUGGAUAUUUUGUGUGACGAAAUUGAUGUUUGUGCUAGAUGUCAGGGUGGAAACAACGCUGGCCACACCAUUGUGGUUAAAGAUGUUAAGUAUGAUUUCCACAUGUUGCCUUCUGGUUUGGUAAACCCCAAAUGUUUGAACUUGCUUGGUUCUGGUGUUGUCGUCCAUGUUCCAUCUUUCUUCGAAGAAUUGGAAAACUUAGAAAAAAAGGGUUUGGAAGGUAGAGACAGAUUGUUUGUCUCUUCUAGAGCACACUUGGUUUUCGACUUUCACCAAAGAACAGACAAGUUGAAGGAGGCCGAGCUUUCGCAGAAUAAGAAAUCUAUUGGUACCACUGGUAAGGGUAUCGGUCCAACUUACUCCACCAAGGCCUCUAGAUCUGGUAUUAGAGUGCACCACUUAGUCUCGCAAGAACCCGAGGCUUGGGAUGAGUUCAAGCUUAGGUACCACCGUCUUGUAGAGUCCAGAUAUAAGAGAUACGGUGAGUUUGACUAUGAUAUUGAGGGAGAGUUGGCAAAAUAUGAGAAGUACAGAGAAUUGCUCCGUCCUUUUGUUGUCGACUCUGUGGCGUUCAUGCAAAAGGCUAUCGCCGAUAAGAAGAAGAUUUUGGUUGAAGGUGCCAACGCAUUGAUGUUGGACUUGGACUUUGGAACAUACCCCUACGUCACUUCUUCGGCCACGGGUAUUGGUGGCGUGUUGACUGGUUUAGGUAUUCCUCCUAAGCAAAUCAGAAACGUUUAUGGUGUUGUCAAGGCCUACACCACUAGAGUUGGUGAAGGGCCAUUCCCCACCGAGCAGUUAAAUGCCGACGGUGAAACAUUGCAGACUGUUGGUGCUGAAUACGGUGUGACUACUGGCAGAAAGAGAAGAUGUGGUUGGUUGGACUUGGUUGUGUUGAAGUAUUCCAACGCUAUUAACGGUUACACACACUUGAACAUUACUAAGUUGGAUGUUUUAGACUCUUUUAAGGAAAUCAAGGUUGCUGUUGCUUACAACUAUAAUGGGGAGAAGUUGGAGUCCUUCCCAGAAGAUUUGGCUAAAUUGGGUAAGGUUGACGUCGAGUAUGUGACCUUGCCUGGAUGGGAGCAGGACAUCUCUAAGAUCACUGAUUACAAGGAUUUGCCAGAGAACGCAAAGAAGUAUUUGGAGUACAUUGAGAACUUCCUCGACGUUCCAAUCAAGUGGGUUGGUGUUGGUCCAGCACGUGAAUCCAUGUUGGUCAAGCCAUAA